AUGAGCCGAAAUCACUCCCCACACUCACCCCUCUCUCGCCGUGCAUCAAUAUGCACUCCCUCCACCUCGUCUGAUGCAUUGUCGACGACGAGCCACCCACCUGUUGGCAGUCACGAUUGUGCAGCUGGCCACACCACACCCUCCACACAACCGUGCAGUGCGCCUAAGCCAUGGGCCUCGCCUCAUCGCCUUGUCUCCCUCCUCGCAGAUUACGGCAUCGCGGGUCUUAUGCUCCUCCCUAACAUGUGCUGGUUCGUCUACAACAGCAGCGAUUACCGCGAUGGUGAAGUGGGGUGGACUAAUUCACCCUUCUUUGCCAACACUUACCCACCCAACUCCACCUGCCUUUACCUCUUCCAAUUUCACGCCAACCAAUCGGUGCGCCUCUCCUUCACCACCUUCCACACGGUUGCGCAGUCGGAAGUCGCCGCAACCGGAGGCAGUCACUUUCACCAUUGUCCUCAAAACUGCAAGCAGGUGGGUGAUGCGCAUCUCGGCAGUGCCAAAGUCACUGCAUUAUACGACUGUGAGUGGACUGACUGGCCUCCCUCAGUCAGUGCCCACUGA